CUUUUGAGUAUAUAACAUAUCCGAACUGCGGUCAUAUCCUUAAUCGGCAAGUUCAUUUUAUGAGUAAAUUUCUUUUCAACGAUAAACAAGGGAAUUUAGGCGGGUCAGCAGGGAAUACUGUUUGAUGAAUGUGAUUGUUUGCCCAAGCCAAGUAAGGCUAUUUAAUUCGCCAACCAAGAACAUCGAUCAACAGUCGAGCAAAACUCUUAGUUGCAAAUGUUGUAGGACUUAAACUCAACAUGCGAUUUCCUUCAGAGAUUUUCUGUACAGUUCUGCUUUUUAUUUUUGCGAGGAACUCAAAGGCAGAUAUUCCAGAAUGCAACUAUUUCGACACGGUCGAUAUUUCAAACGUUGAAAGACAAAACGAUUCGUAUUUAUACGAUGACAUCCCAAUUCCGGCCAACCUCACUGGAGACUACGACUACAAGAUGUUUGGCCGACUAAGGAUGCCGGAUGAAAAGCGUUUAAGGGCCUGCGUUUGCAAACUGCGUCCUUGCAUUCGAAUCUGCUGCCCAAUCAAGUACACUUUGGCCAACGGAAAGUGCGUUGAUGGUCUCCAGGAGGAGCUCGCCCGGUUAAAAUCCUAUAUAUACCUGACAUCAGCCACGGACCUAUCGACGAAGACACGAGUACCAUUAACCGAGAUGGCUAUUAUCAGAGAUCAGUUCUUACCUUGCGAUGAAAUGGUGCAGCUCAAGGAUGAGUUUACCUACGUAGAGAAUGGAACGCUUUUAAUCCCCGAUGGCCAGUUGUCCAUUGAAAAGCAAUACUACUGCCUGUAUCCGUAUCAGUUUAAUUCGGACUUUCCAAACUCCAUGUGGAUAGUGAAGCACAGCUGCAUAACUUACAUGUAUCCUGGAUAUAAAGAGAUCAUAACAAUAUCAAUUAUAUGCUUUAUUCUGACAAUCGCCGUAUAUUUAUACAUCAAGGAUCUGCGCAAUGUGACUGGCAAGUGCAUUAUAAGCUGCAUGGUCUCUAGGUUAAUCCAGUAUUUGAUCAUUUUACUAAUUAAUAUGAAGGUAUUGAACAGUAUCUGCUCUCUAGCUGGUUACAGCUUGUACUUCUUCUGGAGAGCUUCCAAUCUCUGGCUCUCCGUCAUCAGCUACCAAUUAUGGAAACUCUUGACGUCGCUCAAUCGAACCGAACCUACUUAUAGGUUCCAGCUGUACAACGCCUUCGUCUGGACUACAGCCGCCGUCAUGACAGGAAGUAUUUAUAUGGUUAAUCUGAUGUGGGAAAACGAUCUCUAUAAGUGGAACUGGUUGCCUUUGGUCGGUUUUAUUAAGUGCGGUGCCAAAUUUUCGAGCACAUCCUCCUGGAUCUACGAAUCUGGGCCGUCGCUGAUCCUAAGCACUUUCAAUAUCGUCAUGUUCACCCUGACAGCCAUUUACAUACGAAAAGUAAAGGGGGAAAUAAAGAGGUUCGCACAUGAGGAGGAGGGAAGGAUGGGCUGCAUCCACAUCGACAGCGAGACCUACCUGCAGUUUCUGCGACUCUCCGUCGUGAUGGGCCUGACUUGGAUCAUAGAUGUCAUUCCGUUUUCUGCGAGGUUCGAGUUCGUCUGGAAACAGAUCAUUAUGAUAACCGACUAUUAUCACUACGCGUUUGGAAUAGUACUUUUCACUCUGCUUGUGCUGAAGCGCAGUACAUUAACUUUACUGAUGAGGUCUUAAGUGUUUUGGCAAUACCCUCGUAAACUCUAUAAUUUUAAUACAUUUUUGGAAAAAAAAAACUUAUUUCAACUCCAGUAUACGUAUUAAUUGCCUUGAAAAAAAUAU